AUGGUACAUGACGAACCAUGGUUCGAUCACCUACUGGAUCAGACUGGCGAAUUUUUCCGAGUUGGAAUCGUUGGCGGGCCGGCUUUUUACACAUUGAAAGGCAUGUACAACUCUCCUAAAGGUGAGUGCCUCAUCCGGGGCUUACAAGCUGUACGAGUGAAUGCCCCCCGUUGUGCUGGCCACUGUGCCGUCUGGGGUGGUCUUACUUCUGUCUUCGAGAGUUCUCUGAUACAUGUAAGGAAGAAGGAUGAUCCAUGGACUUCCGUCCUCUCUAAUGCCGCUGCCGCCGGAUUACUCGAAUUGUGCCGAGGCCUUGGCCCGGCUUCACGCUCCGCUCUCAUUUUUGGCUCAGGAAUGGCGAUAUUUCAGGGUUAUUUGAUUGUGAAAAAUAGGGUCCAGUCCCCACAGCCCGACUUUGAGGAGUUGGAUAAGAAGCAGAAGAGGGGAGGAAUAAAGACAUAG